CUUAACUUACGCUCCCCCGGUUUUUUGCCCUAUCCUUCGCCCUCCACUUUGAAGCCUGUCAUUUGAUUCAGGCCCCUCAUUGCGGCGAUUAUGGCAUUCCGGCGCCCCGUGAUGCUGUCUGUGACAGCGUCAUCGACGCCCUUCCUGGCGGUCGCUAGCAGAAGCUCGCGCCUGGCCGCUACCCUGCCCCGAUUCACCACGAGCUCCUCCUCCUCCUCUACCUCCUCCUUCGUCCGAGCCUCAUCCAGCUCCACCUCCGCGCUCGCCUACAAGGCGCUGCACCGUCGCUCGCCUCUCCCCCUGCCCGUCUCCGAUGCCUCCCCGCAAUGGGACGCCCCGACGGCCGUCUCGUCCAUCCUGUACGAGACGCCGAGCGUGCCCACGAACCCGCCCAAGCGCCACAUCCUGAACUGUCUGGUGCAGAAUGAACCCGGUGUGCUGUCCCGCGUGUCCGGGAUUCUGGCGGCCCGCGGCUUUAACAUCGACAGUCUGGUUGUCUGCAACACCGAGGUCGAGGAUCUGUCCCGCAUGACCAUUGUCCUGCAGGGUCAGGACGGCGUCGUUGAGCAGGCCCGCCGCCAGCUGGACGACCUCGUCCCCGUCUGGGCCGUGCUGGACUACACGGACUCAGCGCUGGUGCAGCGUGAGCUCCUCCUCGCCAAGGUCAGCAUCCUGGGCCCCGAGUUCUUCGAGGAGCUGCUCCAGCACCACCGCGAGAUCACCACUCCCGGCGAGCCCGCCGCCGCAGAGGGUCAGAACGACGCCAAGCACCAGAUCGCGAAGACCGAGUACCAUCCGCGCAACCUGCCCCAGAGUCAGGCCCUCCGCCACAAGCACGAGCAUCUUGAUGCCAUUACCCGCCUGACUCAUCAGUUUGGUGGUAAGGUGCUUGAUAUCAGCACCAACAACUGCAUCGUCGAAGUCUCUGCUAAGCCGUCCCGUAUCGACUCUUUCAUGAAGCUCAUCGCUCCCUUCGGUGUGCUUGAAUCCACUCGCACCGGUCUGAUGGCUCUGCCCCGUUCGCCUCUCUUUGAGCCUACCGAGGAGCUCGAGAAGGAUGCUGCCGAUGUUGUCGAUGCCAGCACCCUCCCCCCUGGUUAAACGUUUCUUUUCUUCUGAUAUCCAAAGUUGAAUAUCCUACAAUGAAAAACAGCUUGUAUUUUUUUUCUAAUUUGAAUUCCGACUUCGCGCCUCGUAAAUCUCUUUACAAUCGCUCAAGCUGGGUUCUGAUCACGAAUAGUCUUUUAAAGGCUGUUGAGCGAAUCUUCCCAAGAGGUGAGCAUGAGUCAUUGUGUGAAGUGCAAGUGUGCGAUCGCUUGGCGGCGGAGGCACGUCACCACUUGCUUGGGUUCGGCUUAUAAUUCUAAGAAGUUUUGGUACUCGUGGUAUGGGUAGUUUAGUGGCACAGCGCCAGUGACUUUUCCAUGUUGCAAAGCUGAAUAGCCGUCCAGUGUAAAACA